AACAGGUUUCUGGGCGAAUUAGAACUUAUGCGCUCUCAGCUACAGUGUCUCACAAAAAUCUGUGAUGAAGGGGUUGCUAGUGCACUUGCCUCGCUAACAUCAGAGGUCAAAGAACUGAGUUUGAGUGUUAGCAAAAAUAAAGAAAAUAAAAAUAAAGAAAUCAAAGGAAGAAAUAAAAACAAUAAAAACGCUAAGAAAGAUAUUCCUACAGCCCAGCAAAACUCUGCUAAAGCAUCUGUUGCCGUUGAACAUUACACUGAGUUAAACCAACGUAUUGAGGAGUUGAGCAACAACAAUGCUAUGUGUACGGUUGUGUCGGCUGAAAAGGUGUCGGUUGCUAAAAGUGUUGUUAGCUCUACUAAUAUUAAUAAUGCUAUCUUGAAUACACCAAUAUAUAGCAUAGCUAACGCUGCUGUAGCUAACAGUGUCACAUCGACCAACUCUGUUACCUCUGUACCUGCAGUCGUGGCGUCUAAUAACGUAAAUAACAUAUCCUACGUUAGUCGCGUGGCCACCCCAUCUGUUGCUGCUGAUAAUACUGAUAAUACGGCUGUUAUUGAACAAAACAAUAUAUAUACACCUGUAAAUAAUGCGAAUGGUAAUAGCACUGAUGCUGUUAACAAUGCUGUUAGCAAUGAUGAUGUUGCUGGUUUUUCUGGUGCUGUUGAUUUGAAUCCGGUCGGUCCUAGUUCAGCUUAG